AUGGGUUCCAUUGACAGUUCAACACAGCCUCUCGAACAGAUUCUGCACAAAUAUGAUGUUGAACGCCAACGAAGGCUUCACCCCGAAGGGCUGGACCAGUACGUCGACAUUUCCACCACCAAAGGGCUCGAGCAUUACGCCGAAGACCCCUGGGUGACCGACGACAACAUAGCCAGCUCACUUGAUGUGACUGAUGGCAUGCAAUGCAAGGCCGUGCUGGUCGGCACCGGGUUUGGAGCUCUCAUAUUCGCGGUCCGCUUGAUGGAGAUUGCCGGGUUCCAACCAGAGGAUAUCAUCUUCGUCGACAAUGCCGGCGGCUUUGGCGGGACGUGGUAUUGGAACCGCUACCCUGGGUUGAUGUGUGAUGUGGAGAGCGCUUGCUACAUGCCCCUCCUGGAGGAGACCGGGUACACGCCAAAACACCGCUAUUCAUAUGGCCCGGAACUCCGAGCGUACGCUGAGCUCGUGGCCUCCAAAUGGCAGCUGCAAAACCGAGCCAUGUUCGCCGCCAGAGUCACCGAAUCGAGAUGGGACGAUGAUGCCCGCGAAUGGACCUCGACAAUAUCGCAACGGGCGAUCAAUGGCCGGCCUCCCCGGACCGUCCACGUGCGCUCCGACUUCUUCAUCCUCACCGCCGGGCUGCUCACCCGGCCCAAACUGCCGCGAUUCCCGGGUCUCCAAGAGUUCAAAGGCCAUUCUUUCCACACCUCUCGGUGGGACUAUGCGUACACGGGAGGAUCUCCCGAGGACCCGGCGCUGGAAGGUCUGAAAGACAAACGAGUGGCAGUGCUCGGCACCGGAGCCACUGCGAUCCAGGUGGUGCCCGCUCUCGCCAAAUGGGUCAAACAACUGUACGUGAUCCAACGGACUCCGUCAUCCGUCGACGUGCGCGGUCAGUGCGCCGUGGACCCCGACCACUACAGCAAGAACAUCGCGACCGGGCCGGGAUGGCAGCGUGCACGAAGAGAAAAUAUGGCCGCACUGACAAGCAACAUACCAGUCAAACAGAAUUUGGUUCAGGAUGGGUGGACGACCUUCCCCUCCUUCUCCGGACUGGUUGGCGGGCCCAAUGCCGGCGGGGUGACCGAGGAGACUGCCGCCGAAUACAUGGCUUCUCUCUACGUUCUGGACCUGCCUCGGGCAGAACGGAUUCGCGCCCGGGUGGAACAGAUCGUCAAGGACCCAGCCACGGCCGAGAGCCUGAAACCAUGGUAUGCGGGUUGGUGCAAGCGGCCGGGCUUCCACGAUGACUACCUCGAGGCCUUCAACCGCCCGAAUGUGCAUUUGAUUGACACGGCGGGCAAAGGCGUGGACCGGAUGACGGGAGCGGGAUUUGUGGCCAACGGGGAAGAGACCGCGGUGGACCUGUUCAUCUUCAGCACCGGGUACGAGACCUUCCGCGCCGGAGACCCGUCUUCGCGAGCCCGCAUGACCGUCGUCGGCCGUGGCGGGUUGACUCUGGAUCGGAAAUGGUCCGACGGCGUUGCCACGCUGCACGGAGUAUGGACGCACGAUUUCCCCAAUCUCAUCCUUCCGGGAGGAUCGCAGGCGGCAGGGACGGUGAAUGUGGUCCAUACGUUCGAUGUCAUGGCCACUCAUGCCGCCAGCGUCAUUGCAGCAGGGGCAAAAAGGAAACCGGCACAGGCGAGCGACCAAGACCCAAAAAACACGAAAACGAAGCUGAAGCUUUGCAUCGAGCCCACCACCGAAGCCGAGGACGCAUGGUCGAGGAGGAUUGCACAGGCGGCAGUGAAACCGUCGCCUCUGGCAAAUUGCACUCCAAGCUAUUCCAACGGAGAAGGCAAAGUGGCUGAUCCCACCUCCCCGGAAGAGAAGCUCAAGGCCGCCAGGUCCGGCGCCUGGGCCAAGGGCCUUUUGGAUUUCCAACAGAUCAUCGAAGCCUGGCGGGCCACAGGCGAUUUCGACGGGCUUAGCAUGCAGGUUCUCGAAUAG